CCUCUACAUCUCAAGGUCGUUCACUCCUACAAGGUCACACCCACUCAAGAUCGAGAUUGCUCGAGGUCAUAUAUGCUCAAGGUAACACUUCAAGGUCACUCGGAAACUCAGGGUCACACUUCAAGGUCGCUCGGAAACUCAAGGUCGCAUUUCAAAGUCACUCGGAAACUCAAGGUCAAAUUUCAAGGUUUGCACCGAAGGUCAGCUCUCAAGGUCGUAUCUACUAAAAUCAUUACUGAAUAUGCUGCCAAUGAAGUAUAUCUAUUGGCUGUGCCCGAUGGGUUAUUUUUAUGUUGUUUUUUCUGA